AGUUACAUAUUAAUGUGAGUGGCAUUGUGCGUCGUUAGAGCUCAUUUUUGUCGUACAAAAGUAAAUACCUAUACGCCCUGCACAUUUCUGGAUAUGAAUAUAGGCGUAGAUGAGUGGGUGAGUAUGCAUACAAAUCUACGGCGUUUGGAAUUUUACCUGAGUCUUAUUUUUUAAAGCCACUUCUAACCGGAAGUCCACACUCUGGUUUCAGUUUACCUGGUUCGCUUCCUGUACCUUGACGCUCAGGUACACGGAUUUCCCCCGCAACAUUCCUGAAACUUUAAUAUUGGACUGAUCUGGACCCGGCUGCUCGCCAGAGAUGGAUUAAAACAUAUAUGUUUGCCCGCAGGACACUGGGAAAGCCCUAAUUUUGGGAGGGAAUCGGCUUGUGGACGCAGCAGACUCUGACUAUAGCUAGUAAGUCAUGUCUGCAGGAAGCAGUGACAGUCUGAGAUGCAGCGAGAGGCCAGGGAACAUCAGGCAAGUGUCGUUUACUGAGGAGCGCUGUGUGGACCCAGUGGAGGAUAGGCAGCCAACCACACAACCAAAGGUGGGCCACAAAGGUCGCCUUAAAGACGCUAAUGGAAAUGAGUCUGAGACCAUCAGCUUUGUGCCUCGUGCAGCCGAGCCUUCAUCUACAGCAACGAACUGUCACCCCUGUUCUUCCCCGAAGAGCUGUAAAACGCUUGUUUGCACUGUAAUCACCUGUGGACUUUACAGGUUGUGCCAACGGUCCAUCCUUGCUCCGUGCUUGGCGCCAAAUGAGAGCUCCCCAGAUGAGCCAGAAAAGGUGAGCCUCCGAGGGGUCAACCCAGGAGACAACAAAGAAGAGACCGACACCGAAUGGUCAGACUUUCACAUUAAUGGAGUCAAAGUAGUCAGUCCAAAAGAAUAUUUGGAUGUUGACAUAAAGUCUUCAGCAUAUGCACCACCGCCUGCCCAAACUCAGGCUGGGUUUGCCUCCCUGCAUGAGUCCAUGACGUUUGAUGACUGGGAGGACAGCGAAGAAAACGUGGACUCCCUGAUCACCAAGAAGCUACUGGAACUGUACUCUGAAUAUCAAAUCGAAGAGCUGGCCAGGUGCACCUCAGACUCUGUAUUUCUGAGGAAGAGCAAAGCCAUCACCCAGCUCAUCAACUGUCUGGCAGAGGAGCACAAAAUGGACGAGCAGGAAGCAGAGUGCCGGCUGGUGCGGGGCAUCAUCCGCAUCAGCACUCGGAAAAGCACUAGGAGGAGGCCGCCCAUUCCGAGGAUGGAGAGGACGCUGUCAGACAGUGGGCACGAGACCAUGAUUGGGAAUGGCUCCUUUUCAUCAAGCAACAACAAUGACUACAAGUCUAAUCCCAACAUCCAAAUAUCAGACUUGACUUCCACUGACAAGUUUGCCAGAAACAUGUGGAGGAAAAAUGGAGAUCACACUUCAAGUUCUCCAACAACCUACUCGCCCUCUCACUCAGAGAUGGAGUCUUCGGGUGUCCCACUGCUGCACACUUCAGUGAGGACAUGAAUCAUCCCUGCAUAGCUGCCACCUUCUUUAAAUAAGGUCACAUGCAGAAUGUUGAAAGGAAGACAUUAGUUGCACUGGAGUCUCUGGCCGAACCAGACUCCUUAGAGAGGCCAUGCCUUUACCGUGGAAGAAGGAAAAUGUGAAGGUUCACAUUGUCUGAAGGGCUUCAGUGAACUCAGGGUUCUAUGUGUAAAUAUUUAUGGUUGUAAAUAUUGGAUUUUGCUUUGAAGGAUUGCUUGAUUAGAAGAUUGUUCUGCAGAAAGCCUAUACAGUGGCUCUCAAAAAUGUACACCCCCGUGUUCAAGUAUAUUUUCUAAUGUAAAAUACAUGAUGACCAUUGAAAAACAUGUGAAAACAUUUACAAUAAUAUUUACAAUAACAUUUUCCAUUUCUACCAAAGUUGUCAAACAAUAUUGUGAGAACAUGUCUUGUCCACGACCCUCUUCAGGUGACUUUCUCUCAGAGUUCUGAACUCUGAAGGUUUUGGAUAAACUUCUGGUAUUUGGAAUUGUUCAUGAUUUCAGUCACUUUGACGACAGCUCUUGAUAUAACCCUGGAUCACUAUACCACCCCCAUAAUGGGUACAAUGUUGUUUUGUUGUGGGCCAAAACUGAGCAUCAACUCUGGGCCAAAUAUUUUACUUAGAUUUGAUCAAAUCGUAACACAUUCACCCACAAGCCUUUAGAAUAAUUUAGUCAGAUGAGGACGUUUUCAGCCAUACGUCUUUGUCCAGACCCUAACCCUACAGAAUACAGGAGGUUGUUGUCACAUGUAGAACACAAGCAGAACUUCCUAGAAAUUACCGCAGCUUCUUCAGUGUUUGUGUACGGCUUUUUGCCUGACAUCAGCAUCCAGUUUUUGUAUUGUUACUGCUGUCCCAUGUUUUCUGAAAUUACUGAAGUGUGCACACAAGAAGACUAAAUGCUAGGAUCAAAAUGUGAAUUAGUGUAAGGGUGUGUAAUCAGGUUAUUGCAGAGUUUUUAUUUUUAUUUUUUACAGUUUUCAGUCAAACAUUGGUUUAUUUUUCCAGUUAAAUACAAUAAGUGUCAAAAUAAUGGCAGGGGAAUGGCAAUUUGGCACAGUGCGUACAGUUUUGAGAGCCACUGUAGAUCCUUUUCUAUUAUGACAACCGUCCGAUUGUUUUUGAAGUGCCUGUCCUUUUAAAAUGUGUCUUCUGACCUUGUGGGUUUGAUAACUGUGCUCUUUUUACAUCAGAUAAUUAUUUUCUUCUAUUUUUUUUUUGCUUUAAUAUUUCUUUUGUUUUGUAAGUGCACAUUUCACUAUACCUGUCUCCUUAUUGAUCUGGUUCUUUGUUUAGUUUUAUCAUUACUUUUAGUUCAAUAUUUAUGUUUAUUUUUCUGAUUUGGAUUAUUUCAAGUUUAAUGUAAGAUGCAUUUUUAAUGUGCAGUGUGGCAACAGUGUAAAAACGAAAUAGUUGAAGGUAUUGUAAAAUAAUGAACGCAUAAUGAAUUGUUUUUGUCGAAGUUUUUUUUUUUGCAUGCCUCGUUGUACACUAGAAAAAAAUAACGUUCUUAGAAAAUAUUUACUUUCUUACUGAUCAUAGAUGAAAUUAUAAAUACAAGGGCCGCUGGUGGCUCCAUUGGUGGAACCCUGUGCAGCAGUUGUAGUCCUCGAAGCUGUUUUCCUGGGUUCGAUUCCCAGUCUGGGACUGCUGCAUAUCUUCUCCUUCUCUCUCCACCCUCUUUCCUAUCUGAUUACUAUACAAUAAAGGCCAGAAAAGUCUAAAAAAAAAAUUGACAAAUAUAAAUUUUAUUGCAGUUCAGGCUAGUGAGCUUAGCCAGGCUCUGUAAGAAUGUAGCAACAUUUUCCUGCACAUUUUAUUUUUCCUUUGAAACAAAUUAUUUGCUUUACCUAAUAAAUUACCUUAAUUCCAGAAAGGGAGUUUGAAAUAUUUCUAUGCUGAGCUAAAUUAACUGGCUUCUUCCUGUAUGUCUGAUUAUCUGGACAGACGUGAAAGCUUUUUUCGUUUUUUCUUUUUGUUUGUUUUUAGUCUAUAAAAAGGUUAACGUAAAAGAUACACUUGAAGCUGUACUAUACGUUCCUACAGUUUGAAUUGUGAUAUCUGCCGUAACAAUUUUGUGUUGAACAGUUAGCACUUGCUAAAGAUGUUUGUUGAUGUUGCUUCCAGGUACUGUUGGAAACAUCCUUGUAACCAAUAGAAUAGCUUCCUCUCCCAGACACUCUUAUUAACAUUAUCUGGUCGUAGUUGGUUGUAGGUUAUCUAAAAUGUAUGGUCCUCUCGAGCCACAGCCUUUGAUUUUAUGCUUCAUUUCAAUUCUAUAUGUGAUCUCUAUGUUUGUGUUACCUCUUAUCACAGCUGAAGAUUUUCUGGUGUGGUCAAUAUAUUUUCUGUAUAAUAAAUGUCCUUUUUUGUUUUGUAACGUGUCUUGAAAUUGGAGUUGUACCAAUUCUAAGGUUAUAUAAUACUUUCUCUUUUGAAUGUAAAAGCACAAAAUGCAACUGAUUUGAUGAAUAUUUAGCUGGAUCUGUCAUGUUAUGCACUUUUUUUCCUUUGCUGUUUUUUAACGUGUUAUGUAAAGCCUUCUUUAAAAAUCUUCCUUUUUUAAUAUCUGGUCAUGUUAAGCCAGUAAAAUAAAGUGGAUUAAAUAAAUGUGAAGUUAGACAAGCG